AUGUAUGAUAGUCUAAAGAGUGCAAGAAAGCUUUCUACUAUAAGUGAAGUUCAAGACAGUUAUCAACCUACCGAUCCUUCCAGACUCGAAGGGCAAAGAAUACGCACUGGUCGGCAGAGUGAAGGUAAUUUUGGAAACACAUCAGAGAACAAUUCCAUGUUCCACAUUUUUGGAGGCCAGCAUCGCUUCUCUUACAGGAUCCCAGACAACUUAAAGUCCAACGGGACCUUUGGAGAAAAAAGUGAAGUCAAAGACAAAUUCCGUGAAUUCCCAGUGGAGAGGCCAGUCAUCUGGAGACAGAAAACAAAUCUAGUGGCAGCUGGAAAGCCUUCUGGAAGUUUUGGGCAAAGGAGUGAGGUUCAUGACAUGUAUCGCGAUCUUGGUAUUCAUCGCAACAUUGCCCCUAAACAUCAGGCAAAUAUUCGUCCAGAAGGGCAGUUUGGAGAAACAUCAGAAAUUAAAGACAAGUACCGACAGUUUGAGACACAAAGAGUUAUCGCACCAAAACACGGGUCAAGCUUAAAGCCAGAGGGCCAGUUUGGAGAAAUGUCAGAGAUUCGAGACAAAUACCGACCAUUGGAAAGUCAUCGAAAUAUUGCAAAGAAACAUUCUGCUAACAUUAGGCCUGAAGGUCAAUUUGGGGAAACGUCAGAAAUCCAUGAUAAAUUCAAGGCCUUGGAAACUCAUAGGAACAUUGCAAAGAAACAUUCUGCAAACCUGCGGCCUGAAGGUGAUUUUGGUGAGACAUCAGAAAUUCGUGACAAAUUCAAGGCCAUGGAACCACAUCGAAAUAUUGCAAAGAAACAUUCGGCAAACCUAAAACCUGAAGGCGACUUUGGUGAAACUUCAGAAGUUCACGAUAAAUACCAAGCCCUUGAAACCCAUAGGAACAUUGCAAAAAAACAUUCGGCAAACCUGCGGCCUGAAGGUGACUUUGGUGAAACAUCAGAAAUUCAUGAUAAAUUCAAGGCCUUAGAACCACAUCGAAAUAUUGCCAAGAAACAUUCAGCAAACCUCCGGCCUGAAGGUGACUUUGGUGAAACAUCAGAAAUUCGUGACAAAUUCAAGGCCAUGGAACCACACCGAAAUAUUGCAAAGAAACAUUCGGCAAACCUAAAACCUGAAGGCAAGUUUGGUGAAACUUCAGAAGUUCACGAUAAAUACCAAGCCCUUGAAACACAUAGGAACAUUGCAAAGAAGCAUUCAGCAAACCUGCGGCCUGAAGGCAACUUUGGUGGAACAUCGGAAAUUCAUGACAAAUUCAAGGCCUUGGAGCCACACCGUAAUAUUGCCAAGAAACAUUCUGCAAACCUCCGGCCUGAAGGUGAUUUUGGUGAAACUUCAGAAAUUCAUGAUAAAUACCAAGCCCUUGAAACGCAUAGGAACAUUGCAAAAAAACAUUCAGCAAACCUCCGGCCUGAAGGUGAUUUUGGCGAGACUUCAGAAGUUCAUGACAAAUUCAAGGCCUUGGAAACUCACCGUAAUAUUGCAAAGAAACAUUCAGCAAACCUCCGGCCUGAAGGUGACUUUGGUGAAACAUCAGAAAUUCGUGACAAAUUCAAGGCCAUGGAACCACACCGAAAUAUAGCAAAAAAACAUUCAGCAAACCUCAAACCUGAAGGUGAUUUUGGUGAAACAUCAGAAGUUCAUGACAAAUUUAAGGCCUUGGAACCACACAGAAAUAUUGCCAAGAAACAUUCUGCAAACCUCAAACCUGAAGGUGAUUUUGGCGAGACUUCAGAAGUUCAUGACAAAUUCAAGGCCUUGGAAACUCACCGUAAUAUUGCCAAGAAACAUUCUGCAAACCUCCGGCCUGAAGGUGACUUUGGUGAAACUUCAGAAGUUCACGAUAAAUACCAAGCCCUUGAAACGCAUAGGAACAUUGCAAAAAAACAUUCAGCAAACCUCCGGCCUGAAGGUGACUUUGGUGAAACAUCAGAAGUUCAUGACAAAUUUAAGGCCUUGGAACCACACAGAAAUAUUGCCAAGAAACAUUCUGCAAACCUCAAACCUGAAGGUGAUUUUGGCGAGACUUCAGAAGUUCAUGACAAAUUCAAGGCCUUGGAAACUCACCGUAAUAUUGCCAAGAAACAUUCUGCAAACCUCCGGCCUGAAGGUGACUUUGGUGAAACUUCAGAAGUUCACGAUAAAUACCAAGCCCUUGAAACGCAUAGGAACAUUGCAAAAAAACAUUCAGCAAACCUCCGGCCUGAAGGUGACUUUGGUGAAACAUCAGAAGUUCAUGACAAAUUUAAGGCCUUGGAACCACACAGAAAUAUUGCCAAGAAACAUUCUGCAAACCUCAAACCUGAAGGUGAUUUUGGCGAGACUUCAGAAGUUCAUGACAAAUUCAAGGCCUUGGAAACUCACCGUAAUAUUGCCAAGAAACAUUCUGCAAACCUCCGGCCUGAAGGUGACUUUGGUGAAACUUCAGAAGUUCACGAUAAAUACCAAGCCCUUGAAACGCAUAGGAACAUUGCAAAAAAACAUUCAGCAAAUCUCCGACCUGAAGGUGACUUUGGUGAAACUUCAGAAGUUCACGAUAAAUACCAAGCCCUUGAAACGCAUAGGAACAUUGCAAAAAAACAUUCAGCAACCCUCCGGCCUGAAGGUGACUUUGGUGAAACUUCAGAAGUUCACGAUAAAUACCAAGCCCUUGAAACGCAUAGGAACAUUGCAAAAAAACAUUCAGCAAACCUCCGGCCUGAAGGUGACUUUGGUGAAACAUCAGAAGUUCAUGACAAAUUUAAGGCCGUGGAACCACACAGAAAUAUUGCCAAGAAACAUUCUGCAAACCUCAAACCUGAAGGUGAUUUUGGCGAGACUUCAGAAGUUCAUGACAAAUACCAGGCCCUAGAAACUCACAGAAAUAUUGCAAAGAAACAUUCGGCAAAUCUAAAACCUGAAGGUCAGUUUGGCGAAAUCACAGAAAUACGAGACAAGUACAGAAAUUUAGAGACGCAGAGAAAUAUUGCUAAGCGUCACAGUGCCAAACUAAAGCCCGAAGGCAUCUUUGGUGGGAUGUCAGAGCUCCAUGAUAAAUAUACAAACCACGACCCUCAGCGAAACAUAGCUAAACGCCACACAGCUAAACUAAGGCCCGAAGGCGAUUUCAGUGAGAUCACUGAAGUUAAAGAUAGUUAUAGAGAAAAGGAAACAAAGAGAAAUAUUGCCAAACGUCAUAGUGGUAAACUCAAACCUGAAGGCGAGUUUGGAGAAAUGUCAGAGCUUCAUGACAAAUACAAAACUUACGAUGCUCAGAGAAACAUUGCCCGGCGCCAUAGUCCCUCUUUGAAGCCCGAGGGCAAAUUUGGCGAGAUCUCUGAAAUUCAAGAUAGUUACCGAGGGCACGAGUCUAAACGUCCAAAAGUAUCAAAAAUAAACACUGACCAACUAUGGUUUGAUAGUCCUCAAGUUGUUGUCACAAAUAACACAGAAACAUUAUCAAAAUACACAGAGUUUAAUGACAUAAAAUCUACAGAUCUGAGAGUCCCGUCAAAAUACACAUAUAAUGUAACAGCUGUGAAAGCAGCCUGA